AUGUUUCGUUUAUGCACAGCCGUGGAGGGCCCGGAAUUGGAAGGGGAGGAUGUCCAGUUACGGGAGCAGAUAAUGGUGGGCGCAUCUCGGUAUGCGGAUGAGUUGAUAAUGCGUCGGCAUCGAGUGUGUGGAGCGCGAAAGAUCUUGAUUGUGACGUGUACGGAGUCAUGGGGCUAUUCGCAAGGUAAGUUGAACCGAUUGUUGGCAGACGUUGCGGCAACACAUUUGGCUGCUGGUGGUUGCGAAGUGCGAAUGUUUGAAUGUACGGAAGUAAAUAGCUCGCAAUGGAAUGCAGAACAGGAAGUUAAGAAUAUAGUUUGGGCAGAUGCCAUCAUUUUCCAGUUCCCUGUAUGGUGGUUUUCCCACCCCUGGGCCAUGAAGAAGUGGUUUGAUCGAGGUUGGCUGGUGGGGAAAGUGUGUGCUAAUGAUGGUCGCACACGUAAGGAUCCAACCAAACGUUACGGUACUGGUGGACUACUCAACGACAAAUUCUACAUGAUCUCCUCCACCUGGAAUGCACCACAGCCUAUCUUCCGUGACCCUGAAGGCAUAUUCUAUGGUCUAGGCACCGAUAUGAGUCUUAACGCUGUACACGUCACAGGCAGUUUUACUGGCAUGACAGCACUCGAAUCCUUCAGCUGCCACGACGUCAUGAAGGACCCGCAAAUCGACGCCGACAUCGACCGCUACAAGAUACACCUCAACCGUGUAUUCGACCUACAUGCGACCACACCUACCCAUCUCAAUAAGAUGUCUUCUGACCUCAAAUCAGCCGCGCCCUCAAGUGAAUCUUUUUUUGGCAAUUAA